CUGGGUGGACCCCUUGCUACUGCAAUGUUACCUCUGCUUUUGUCGUGAAUCCAACGCAAGUUGUUGUUGAUGUCGUUGAUGCUGUUUCGUGGUGUAGUGGUCAUCGUAGUUGUUGCUGCUGAGGCCCUUGCUGCUACUCUUGUUGUAGAGAGUUUGGCGCAUGUUCUUGAGGGUUUGGUUGUGGUCCUUGGCGAAAUGAAUCUUGACCUUCGGUGUCGUUCCCGUUACAGUUACCGUUACCGUUUACGGCUACAGAUGAGCGAGAAGAUGGAGCUUUCGGAGAAGCAGGCGGAGGAGGGGCUCGUCGACGAAGCGCAGGCUCUCCUUGCUGAGGUGGCGCGGAUGCGGGAGCACAAGAGCGCUAUCGAGAAGCAGAUGGCGGAGAAAAACGAGAACAGCAAGAGGGACAUUGUGUGCGAGGUGAGCGGUAACAUCAUGCUGGUGUCGGGUAACAUCCUGUCCUCUGCCGAGAACGAGGAGCGCAUCCGGUGCCACUUCCAGGGCAAGCAGUACCUCGGCUGGAAGGCCGUUCGCGACAAGCUCAAGGAGCUCAAGGAGAAAUUCGAGAACAAGCCCAUGAGGUAA